AUGGCAGAUUAUUAAUAAUUACCAAAUAUUAGUCUGAUAUAAAUUUAUAAAUAAGGAGAGAAGAUGGAUAGAAUUAGGUAUAAGAAAUAUUUAUUAUAUUCUAUUUAAGCUAAUUAGAAAAUAGGAAAACCAGGUUUCUUAAAUUGAAAUUAGGAAUGGGAGAUAUUUAUAUAUUAGCAUAAUCUAAUAAUGAUAAUUAAUAUGUAAUUACUAUUAUUGGGAGUAAUGAAGAAUAAUGUGAUAAUGAUUGUAAUUAAAAUGGAUUUUGCGCAGUAUAAAUUAUUAUAAUAUAAGCCCAUUGGAGUUGGAUGCAUUUGUAAUGAAAAUUUUAUUGGGAUUGAUUGUAAAGAAAUUGCUCAACCAUUAUUAAUUCAAGCUUAAAAAGUAUUAACAUUUCCAACUUCAAAAUAAAUUACUUUUUUUUAUAUGGAUUAAUAACUCAUAAGGGAUUAUGCCACAAUAAGACUUAAAUUUAGUUUACCUGAAAAAUAUCCUGAGGAACUCAAAUAUGCUUUAGAAGUAAGAUUUUUUAGAACAAAGGCUCUUAUAAUGUAAUUAUUUGAUAAUAUGCAAAAUUAUUUUGAUUCUUUUUUUAUUGAUGACAGAAUUUUAACAAUAAAAAUGAAAAUUCUAUCUAAUUAUGAUUCUGGUGAUACGUACCGAUUUAUUUGGUUUGCAAUUUUAAAAGAAUAAAUUACUGUUGAUUCUUUAUAAUUAAAAAUUGAUACUGAUUAUGAGGAAGAUGAUAAUCAAAGUGAUGAAAUUAGUAGAUUACUAUAUAUUAUUAUCCCAACAGUUGUAGGUUCAAUCAUAAUAUUUCUUCUUAUAAUUUAUUAUGUGAAAAAGAGAAAAAAUUAAGCAGCUAAUUAUUAAAUACCUGCUCCAAUAAAUAAUAUUAUUAAUGAACCAGAAAAAUGUGGAAUAUGCUUAGAAGAACUUAACAUUAAGAAUGUAGCUGUAGUCAAGAUUCAAUGCGAGUAAAUAAAAUAAUCUAAUUAAGUCAUCAAUUCCAUCUUCAUUGCAUUUAAGAUUGGGCUAAAAAAUAAAUCAACAAAUAAUCUGAUUGUCCAUACUGCAGAAAACCAUUCAAUCCAAAUGAAUUUAAAUGA